ACCGCCGCGGUAGUAGCGCGCACACAGCAGUCCGGACCUAGUGCGUUUUGACGGUGAUACGCGCGCGGCUACAACAGCAUAAUAUACUAUUAUAUAUAUAUAUAUUAUUGUUAUAUAUAUAUAUAUAAUAAUAAUAAAUUUACACACAUACAAAAAUCAUACAUCACACAUCAUAUACACAAACACAUACAUACACACACACAAACACACACACAUACACACACACACAUAUAUUGUAUCGAAUGUACGUACGUUCGUAAAAAAAAUUAAAUUAAAUCGACAAAAUGUUUAAAUUGAAUUAAAUCAAAACCCGUUUGGAAUAAGAGUGCGUUCUCGUCGCGAGUGUAGUCGUGUUGGUUGUUUACUACCAUUAUGCAUUUGUGAGUGCGCCCGUGCGUGUGUUGUGUGUGCAUGUGUGUGCGGUGCACUCGGUUCGAACUCGGCCGCGUGUGAAUGCGAGUGAGUGUAGUGUACAUAUCGCUGCCGCCGCUUCGACAGUGUACUUUCCGUUUUCGCGGUGGUAAUAAUCAUAAUAAUAAGAUCGUAAAGACGACGACGUCGAUCACCCCCAGACGCCGUCGCGGAAACCGGUGCGGUGCGGUGUGGUCCGGGCGUGUGGCCUGAGCUCCGCAGCCGCCGCCGCCACACACCACCGUCGUCGUAUAAUCAUCAUCGGGCGCCGUAGCGAUAAGUUCGGCGCGCGGUGACGGUGAAGACGUCGACGACGACGACCGUCACGACGUCGUCGACGACCACGACGACGGCUACGACGAUAACGACGACGACACCGCUGCGUUCAUUGUCGCCGGCGCUGUAGCAGCCGUGGCAACGGUCAAUGGACGAUAGCCGGCGCACCGGCCCGACAAUAAGAUGACCGCCGGACUCGAUGACCUCGAACUCCUAGCAAAGGUUGGCGGCGGAGAAGGAAGUCGCUGCGGCCGCGGGACGUGACUGCAUCGGGUCGGCGGGAACAUCCGCCGGCAUGGGGAGGCCGCGGUCCCACCACCAUCACCACCAUCACCACCAUCAGCAGGCGGACGCGCCCCCUGGGCCGUCGUCCUUGUUCCUGUUCAGCACCGACAACCCCGUCCGCCGGUACACCAGGUUCAUCAUCGAAUGGCCUCCGUUCGAAUAUGCGGUGCUGUUAACCAUCAUAGCCAACUGCGUGGUGUUGGCUCUGGAGGAACAUCUGCCCAGGGGAGACAAGACUGUACUUGCUAAGACUUUGGAGGCAACCGAACUCGUUUUCCUAGCAAUUUUUUGCGUCGAAGCGACUCUCAAAAUAUUAGCUUUAGGUUUUUUACUGCACAGCGGCUCAUAUCUUCGUAAUAUAUGGAACAUUAUGGACUUUUUUGUAGUUGUAACAGGAUGUAUAACACAAAUACCGUCAGCGGCAAACAUGGAUCUGCGGACGCUGCGAGCGAUCCGGGUAUUGAGGCCACUCAAAUUGGUCUCCGGAAUUCCAAGUCUGCAAGUUGUACUGAAGUCCAUCAUCAAAGCGAUGGCACCGCUACUCCAGAUUGGCUUAUUGGUGUUAUUUGCUAUCAUCAUAUUUGCAAUCAUUGGACUGGAGUUUUACUCCGGAGCGUUGCACAAGACUUGCUACAAGUUGGAUAAUCUGAUUGCGAUGGAAAUCGAGGGACAGAACCCAGCGCCUUGCAACUCGGACUCGGAUUCAAACGAGAGCACGAAGCCGUACAACGCGUACUUCUGUGAUAACACGACGUCCACGUGCAUAGAGAACUGGGAAGGUCCCAACUACGGGAUCACGUCGUUCGAUAACAUCGGACUCGCCAUGCUUACCGUUUUCCAGUGCAUCACCAUGGAAGGGUGGACUACCAUUCUGUACUGGAUGAACGAUGCUUACGGCGUGCUAUUCAAUUGGAUAUAUUUUGUACCACUUAUUAUUCUAGGUUCAUUUUUUAUGCUCAAUUUAGUUCUUGGUGUGCUUAGCGGAGAAUUUGCUAAAGAAAGAGAAAAAGUCGAAAACCGGCAAACGUUUUUGAAGCUACGGCGACAGCAACAGCUGGAACGCGAGCUCAACGGUUAUGUUGACUGGAUAUGCAAAGCCGAAGAGGUCAUCCUGGCCGAAGAACGAACCACAGAUGAAGAGAGAAGACAUAUAAUCGAAGCAAGAAGAAGAGCUGACAUAAAAAGGAAAAAACUGAAAACCUUGGGCAAAAGCAAAAGCACCGAAUCCGAAGAAGAGUGCGAGGAAGAAGAAGCCGAUGAAGUGCUUGGUAAAGGCAAAAAAGGUUUUCCACGUACGCCAACGUUCAAAGACCGAAUGCGAAAAAAAGGCGUUUGUGCUUCCAUGUGGAGAGCAGAAAAACGAUUUAGGUUUUGGAUCAGACGCAUGGUAAAAGCGCAAUGGUUCUAUUGGUUCGUCAUCGUAUUAGUGUUUUUUAAUACAGUGUUCGUGGCCAUCGAACAUCACAAACAACCAGAAUACAUAACGAAUUUUGUCUUUUAUUCUGAGUACGUAUUCCUCAUGCUCUUCAUGGCUGAAAUGUUCAUCAAGAUGUACGCGCUUGGAAUACGAAUAUACUUUGAUUCCGCAUUCAACCGUUUCGAUUGCGUCGUAAUCAUGGGUUCCAUAUUCGAAGUCGUUUGGUCUGCCGUCAAAGGUGGUUCCUUCGGUCUAUCCGUGCUGAGAGCACUUCGAUUAUUACGAAUAUUCAAAGUGACAAAGUAUUGGUCUUCGUUGAGAAACCUCGUGAUAUCGUUACUCAACUCCAUGAGAUCAAUCAUAUCGUUGCUUUUCCUAUUGUUCUUAUUCAUACUAAUAUUUGCACUGCUCGGUAUGCAGUUGUUCGGCGGACAGUUUAAUUUUGAGGAAGGAACGCCCCCUACAAAUUUCAACACAUUUCCAAUAGCUCUGUUAACCGUGUUUCAGAUUCUAACGGGUGAAGAUUGGAAUGAAGUCAUGUACCAAGGCAUCAGAAGUCAAGCCCAGACUCAAGGUGGAGGGAUGAUAUAUGCUCUAUACUUCAUCAUCUUAGUAUUGUUUGGUAAUUAUACACUGUUGAACGUGUUUUUGGCUAUUGCCGUUGAUAAUUUAGCAAACGCGCAAGAACUAACAGCUGCCGAGGAAGAACAAGAAGAAGAGGAUAAAGAGAAACAACAACAAGAACUUGAGAAAGAAAUGGAAGCAUUACAGAUGAGUACUGACCCGUCCAAGAUGGAAAUGAUACCAACAUCGCCAUCGCAAAAUUCCAGUGUUUCACUUAUCAGACACCACCGAAAACAUCAUUCGGAUGAGCCUGACAGCAAAGUAGAAGAGGAAGAAGAAGACGAAGGCCCAAAACCUAUGCUACCGUAUUCGUCAAUGUUUUUACUGUCACCUACCAACGGUAUUAGAAGAGCUGCCCAUUGGAUCGUUAAUUUAAGAUAUUUCGAUUUUUUUAUUAUGCUCAUUAUCAUACUGAGCAGCGUGGCAUUAGCCGCUGAAGAUCCAAUUAACGAUGAUUCAGAUUGGAACAAUUAUUUGGACGUAGUCGACAACGUAUUCACAGUGAUUUUUGCCAUAGAAAUGAUACUGAAGAUAAUCGAUUUGGGAGUGAUUUUACAUCCCGGUUCGUAUCUUAGAGAGUUUUGGAAUAUAAUGGACGCGGUGGUAGUCAUCUGCGCAUUUGCGUCAUUCAUAUUCCAAAAGGGUGGCGGUUCCGUUGGUACAAACCUGUCAACCAUCAAAUCACUCCGUGUGCUGCGAGUAUUACGGCCGUUGAAGACCAUCAAACGCGUACCCAAGCUCAAAGCGGUUUUCGACUGCGUGGUGAAUUCGCUGAAGAACGUAAUCAAUAUACUGAUUGUGUAUAUACUGUUUCAUUUCAUCUUUGCCGUCAUUGCCGUUCAGCUGUUUCACGGAAAAUUCUUCUACUGUAACGAUAGCAGCAAGUCCAUUAAUGAUACAUGCCAGGGUUAUUAUUUCAAAUACGAGGCUGGUGAUACGGAAGACGUGAAUUCACAAAAGUUCAUACCGACUUCAGAAAAGAGGAAAUGGGAUAAACAGGAUUUCUACUACGACAACGUGGCCGUGGCUAUGUUGACACUGUUUGCCGUCCAAACGGGCGAAGGAUGGCCCCAAGUGUUGCAAAAUUCGAUAGCGGCCACGGAAGAGGACCACGGACCCAUACCGAAUUACCACAUCGAGAGGUCGUUGUUCUACAUAAUUUAUUUUAUCGUGUUUCCUUUCUUCUUCGUCAACAUAUUCGUCGCGUUGAUCAUUAUUACGUUUCAAGAACAGGGAGAAGCCGAACUACAAGACGGUGAAAUUGACAAAAACCAGAAAUCAUGUAUUGAUUUUACCAUACAAGCGAGGCCGCUGGAGAGGUACAUGCCAAAAGACAGGAACAGUAUGAAAUACAAGAUAUGGCGUCUGGUAGUGUCGACGCCGUUUGAAUAUUUUAUCAUGAUACUGAUCGUCUUGAACACGCUGUUACUUAUGAUGAAGUUUUAUCAACAAAAAAAAUCCUACAAGACUGCUCUACAUUACAUGAACAUGGUGUUUACUGGCAUGUUUACCAUUGAGUGCGUGCUCAAAAUUUUGGCGUUUGGAGUCAGGAAUUUUUUUAAAGAUCCGUGGAAUAUUUUCGACUUUAUUACGGUCAUUGGAAGUAUCGUGGACGCGCUGGUCAUCGAAUUUGGGGAACGCCUCGUAUAUCUGUACCGAACUGUGUUCGAGAAAGAUAUAGUCAAAGCACCAAAACUGCUGUUCGGAGAAGUUGUGGAGGAAAACUUCAUAAACGUCGGAUUUCUUCGGCUCUUCCGAGCCGCCAGACUGAUAAAACUGCUCCGGCAAGGGUACACGAUACGGAUAUUGCUCUGGACGUUCGUUCAGUCGUUCAAAGCCUUACCCUACGUGUGUCUGCUGAUUGGCAUGUUGUUCUUCAUAUACGCAAUCAUUGGGAUGCAGAUUUUUGGCAACAUCCAGCUAGAUCCCACUACAGAAAUCAACAGGCACAAUAAUUUUCAAACUUUUGUCCAGGGUCUAAUGCUGUUGUUUCGAUGCGCCACGGGCGAAGCGUGGCCGUCGAUCAUGUUGUCGUGCAAUCACGGUAAAAUGUGCGAGGCUGGUGCCAAAAAGGAGGAUAAUGAUUGUGGUUCAAAUAUGGCCUACAUGUAUUUUGUGUCAUUCAUAUUUUUCUGCUCGUUUUUGAUGUUGAACUUGUUCGUGGCAGUUAUCAUGGAUAACUUUGAUUACCUAACCAGGGACUCAUCGAUUUUGGGAGCUCAUCAUCUGGAUGAAUUCGUUCGGAUCUGGGCGGAAUACGACCCAAAUGCCACGGGAAAGAUACACUAUACCGAAAUGUACGAUAUGCUCAAAAACAUUGACCCGCCUUUGGGUUUUGGCAACAAGUGUCCCAAUCGUUUGGCAUACAAAAAACUCAUCCGGAUGAAUAUGCCGGUUGACCAAGAUGGUAAGGUGCAGUUCACCACAACGCUAUUUGCGCUUAUCCGGGAAAACCUAAGCAUAAAGAUGCGAUGUGCCGAAGAAAUGGACCAGGCGGACGAGGAAUUGAGAGAGACUAUUAGACAUAUAUGGCCGUUACAAGCCAGAAAGAUUUUGGACCUUCUCAUUCCGAAAAGCGAUUGUCUGAACGCCGGAAAACUGACGGUAGGCAAGAUAUACGCAGGUCUGUUGAUUUUAGAGAGUUGGAAGUCCACGAGAUUCGGUCAGGUCGAAUCGUCGAAUCCACAGGACAUUGCAGAACAUAGUUCCCCAGAGCCGCAUUCAUCAUUUUUCACGUGCCUGAUGGAGGCCGCCGGUGCGACAAAUUGGAACGCAGAACGUGGACAAGACGAAGACGAAAACAGCUGUUUGCUGACUAGGAACAACUCCAGGAGCCGGUCUAAAAAGGUGAUGGAGCUGACAGACGUGGUGAUUUCAUCGCGCAGGCCAUCCGAAGAUUCCAACUCCGACGGGCAACAGCCCCAGCACCAGGGUAUGCACUUACAUCCCGGUUAUAGACAACAGAGAUCGCGAUCACCGAGCAUACGUAGAGAGCGUCAUACCCCGUCGCCAAUCAGAAGAUACCAUCACCACUACCAUCACCACAGUCAUCAUCCACACGAGAUCGGCUUCAGCGACACUGUUUCCAACGUUGUCGAGAUCGUCAAGCAGUUGGAUCAUCGUCGUCAUCCUAGAGGUUCUUGGUCGGCAUCCACGAGUCCAGUCCGUUCACCCAGCCCGGACAGGUCGGAGAGCGGCCGCACGUAUUACGGCACCACCAGCCUGGACCAACGCUCGCGUUCUCCGUCGCCGGUGUCGACGAAUGGCAGCGGCCGGCACCAGCACCAGCACCAACAACAGCAGCAGCACCAUCACCAACAUCAGCAUCAUGGAGGCGGCGGCGGCGGGGCGUCGGCUUCGUCUUCCGCCGCCGCCGGGCCGACGUCAUCGAGACAGCAACAACACCAGCACGUCAUGCAGCACCAACAAACGGCACCGUCAAUGCCGUCGUCGUCGUCCGUAUCUCACCACGGUUCGCAUCACCCCCCGUCGUCGCUGUCGGGCGGCGGCGGCCAUGCGACCUCAGUGUCUGCAAUGAUGACCGGGGCGGCCGCGGUGGCCAUGACGAUGCCACCGCCGUCCGUUCUGGUCAACAGCAGUUACCCCGUACUGGCCGUGGCCGGUUGCAACAGACGCCGGUUGCCGCCCACACCCAACAAACCGUCGUCGCUGCAGCUCCGGCCGCCGCACCACUCGGCCUCGAUAAAUUUUCCGAAGUUGAACGCAUCGCCGACGCGUGGCCAACCGGCGGCGUUGCCCAAACCACCGCCCGUGGCUCUGUCGUCCACGUCUACCGCUGCGGCCGUGGCCCGGCAGAGUAUGGCCAUGACGGCCAUGCCACCGCUCAGCUUCGAGCAGGCCAUGUCGAUCGGCCGCAGUGGCCGGCUACUGCCGUCGCCUGUGCGCAACGGGUACGCAUCGUCGUCGUCCAAGCAGCAGCAGCAGCAGCAGCAGCCGUCGUCGUCGUCGUCGGUGUCGGCAAUCCGACGGCAAAAGAACGGUGGCGGUGGUCGGGUGAGCAGCCGGCACAGCGAUUCGGACGAGGACGACUGGUGCUAACCCUUACUGUCUGGUAGUGGCCGCCGCCGCUGCCGCCGUCGCCAUAACGGCAGCAGUAGCAGUAGCAGUGACGACGACGACGAAAGACUUAGCAGCCGCCAACGACGACUGUCGCAACGACGCAAAACGAUGCUCAGAUCGUUUCGGUCGCCCGCAUCACGUUCGCUCCGACCAACGAUCGUUGCAUCGUCCUCGUCCUCGUCUUCGUCGACGCUGUUGGACUACUCCUCUCAUUCUGCUCCGCCGCCGCCGACGAACAAGCAGCAGCGGUAGCCGCCGCUGCCACCGCCUAAAAUUUAUAAAUAUUAUAUAUUAUUAUUAUUACCUAAUUAUUAUUAUUAUUAUUAUUAUUAAUAACUAUUUCCGUAAAAGAAAAACGGCUCGUUAUUUUGCGCGUACUCUCGUCGUUUUUCGAUUUUGAUUUUUUAACGUACCCAUUUACACGUGUCAUCUUGAUGGCGUACGUAAUUUUGUUAAGAGGUUGAUAUGAUAUUAUAUUUAGUGGAUAAAUAAUAUUUUAUUUCCACAAUGUGUUGGUUUUUUAUUUCAUUUUAUAAUAAUAUCAUGAACGUAUUUUUAUUAUACAUAAAAAUACUAAUAAUUGUAUUACAAUCGUCGCGCAGUUUCUGUUCAGAUUAUAACAUUAUUAUAAUAUGUUUGUAUGUAGGGAUACGUUUAUAUUAUAUUAUACAUACAUUUUUUUUUAUGGCCGGACAUUCCCUUCUUUUCACUUCGACGUCCAUUCACCGUUUCCCCACACAAAUGCCACCGAUCACUAUAUUAUAAUAUACCGUCGUCGUGUUCAUAAAUAUACACACAUCACAAGCGUCUUAUUAUUAUAUUGUAUAUAUAUAUAUAUAUAUAUAUAUAUAUAUAUAUAUAUAUUGUCGUAUCUCGUUCUUAUUGAUCUACUCUUUACAAUCAUACACAAAUACAGUACACACACACACACACACACACAAUAUCGAAUUAUUUAUUAUUAUCAUCGAUCUGUUGAAUUAAACUUAGAGUUUAUACAACAACAAAAAAUCGUUGUAAAUAACAUCCUGAUCCGCGUGAAUAAAAUCGUAUUGUCUAAUAAAUUAUAUUAUACGUACAAUAUUAUUGCUUACUUUGUUUUUAUCGACAUGCAAAUUAUAUAAAACGUGUUAUAAUAUUAAUAUGAGAUAUAUAUUUUUAAAAAAAAUCCACCAUUUCAUUCUCAUCUAUUUAUUGAUUUAAAUUUUUCUUUUCCAAAUUUCUACACUGUUAUGAUGGUCAAAUCAAUCGUUAAAUACCUAAUAUUCGGAAUUCGAAUGUACUAACCUAACAUUCAUUGUUUGCGUAUUUGGAUUUUUUCUGCCGUUAUCGUGAUUCUCACACUUCGAUAACUGUUAAUGUUUUUUUAAUAAUUUACUAUAUACGCUCAAUGUACUUAAAUAAUAAUGUAUUGUAUUAUAAUUGCAUUGCAAACAUGUACUUUCAUUUUUGUCGUUUAAUAAGUUUUGGAAAAACUACAAGUAUAACCAUCACUGACGGCUUUUUUUUUUUAUAAUACUAAUGCUAAUUUUUUUCUCGAAACUGCGCAAUUAAAGGUCUUUUGACCUUUUUUUAGGCAUUUUAUUGUCUGUGGUUAUAUUUUCUUAAUAUUUUAAUUACGCCGUAAAUUUUUGUGAGUAUGUUAAUAUACAUAAUAUGUGUUCUUUAAUAAUUGAAAUCCUUACAUUUUUCGUAUUUUAAUUUUGAAAUAUUCAUAUUCUGCUAAAUAAUUUUAUAAACGUAUUACCAGCGUAACUUUUUACUUUAUCAAAUGUUUAUUGUAAAAAAUGUUACUUAUUAUUUUUAGUAUAUAUAUAUAUAUAUAUAUACCGGCCAUUCAAUAUAAUAUCAUUGUUUAUUUCUCAGAAAUUCGAAACGAACACGACAAGACGUAUCUUCUUUAUUUUGGAUAAUGAUGACAAGGGGAUGUCCGUGACAUAAUUCUCUGUCGUAUUUAAAAAAUACUGUUAAAAAAAACCAUUUACUCGUUUUAUUGUAACGGACAAAGCGAAAAACAAUAAUAUAAUAUAUUAUUUAAUAACGUAAUAUUAAUAUUGUAUGACACUAUUUCACUAAAAAAUGUCAUAGACACGAUUGAUAUUAAUAAUUCUAAUUGAAGCUAAAAAUGUUUGAACCGUUUGAAAUGUUGUAGUUCAUUAUAGUCGUAUGUACAAUCCGAAUUUCGCUUUGCCUACAAGUACAAAAAGCGCUUAACUUGGUAGUACGCGUAUCAUUUUCCUCUGUUUUCAACUUCGUUUAUAUCCAUAAUAAUAUCAUCUGAAAACGCUUUCGUAGACAGAGUUUCACAAUCGUUCGAGUUUCUUUUGUGUGUGUGUAUGUUUAAUAAUUACCAUAUAAUAUAUUAUAUUUUGUGGUUUCUUCGUUUUGUACUUUUGGAGCGUUUAUUAUGUUGUUCAGUAUACUAUACUCUAUAUAAUAAUAAUAUUAUUAUUAUUAUUACUAUUACUAAAAAUAUUGUACACAAUGUGACUUGAUGUUGCGUGCGAACAUGUAAGCAACUAUGUUGUACAUUAUAUUAUGUUCUGUUAUGUAUCGUGUUUCUCUUUUGUAUAUUUAAUAUAAUAUUGUUCCGUUUCGUUUAUUUUGUGUCAAUCGUUUCAUCUCGUGCGGUUUCAGAAACGUAGGUUUUAUAAACCAUGUAUUCAUAAUAUUAUAUUUCUCAUAUUAUAUUGUUUCAAAUUUUUAAAUUAUUAAGUUUGUUCAUUCCAUGCUUUUUUUGUUUUUAGCCUAUCCAUCUACACACACUCACACACACACACAUAUACAGGUGUAUUAAAAAAUAUGCAUUGGUCUUGAUUUAAACAACACCAUCUAGGUACCCAUUAACUUGAAUGACACGAUUUUAUUUUGUAAGUCUAGACGAAAUUGGUCAACAAAAGCAUAACAUAAAGUUAAUAAAUAAAUAAAGCAUUAGUCAUAAUACUAUCAUAUUUUGAUGAAUUUUUAACCACUCUAUGAAUAAGUCUUGAUAUCAAGGCCGUAACUGAAAACAAAUUUCAGGGGGUCCAACAUUUUUUUAAUAUAAAUACUUAUAUAAAACCCAACAUUAUACCUUAAAUUCACCACUAAAAUGUUUCUACUUUUAGAAAUUUCUGGAGAGGUCCGGACUCAUGGACCCUCUCCCCCAGUUACGGCCUUGCUUGACAUGUAUUAAAUAAAAUCAUUAAAAGAACAUUAAAUGUCUGUGGUUUCAUUUGAAUGUUGAAUAUCUUACCAUUUUUUUUUGUGUUUGUUAUAAUUGGCGUAGUUAUAGCUUUAAUUUCUUGUAGGAGCCUGCACCUUGUAAUAAAAUUAUGUACCUGGUGGUCUCAUAAAUCAUAAAUCAAUUCUGUAUGUAUAUUCAAUUUUUGCAAUUAGUGGGUCGUCUACAAAUUAUAUAGUAAAAUUUGUGUUUGCUUAAAAACCUAUAAUCGGAUUAGAACUUAUUUUCUAAAACAAUUGUAUCGAUUUUGAUCCACAUACAUAAUAGCCCGACUAUUUAUUACCUAUAAAUAAUAAAUACUUAAAUAUUAAACAAAAUAGGCAUAAUAGUAUGUUAUAAGAUGUAUAGUUUGUCCCAUAUUUUUAUCUCUCUCAUCCACUCUUUCUCUUUAUCUUUCCAAUUAUGUUUAUCUAUUUAUUGUCUAUCUUUAUAUUUUAUCUCUGUAUUUGUGAAUAAAAUGAAUUUGUACAUAGUAUAGAUUUUGUUUGAUUGUUAAAUUAAUUAUUUUUUUUUGUUUUUUAAUAAAUACAAUUUUAAAAAAAAAAUUUAAAAAAAACCAAGUACUAGGAUAAUUUUUCUAGUUGAUAAUACAUUUUAUUUCACACGGGACCAUAAAAUAUAAUGUUAAUUUUCAUUUUCAUUUUUUGCCGUCGUCUCAUCACCGACGUAUUUAUGUUUUUAACUGCCAAUACGUUUUGAUUGUAAUACUAAUUAUUAUAAACGGAUCGUCGUGAAUUCAUAUUUUUAGGUGAUUUUUAUCGUUAAAUUUUAUCAUUCAAUAUUGUGUUUUAAACUGAUAAUUCUCGCAAGAUUUUUUGUUAUGUAAUAAAAAUACAAUUAUUAUAAUAAUUAUUACUCUCUUUAAACGCUAUUUUAACAUAAUAUUAUAUACAUAAUUACAUCAGAGUAACGCAUUUAGAAGCGUUAUUAAAAAAAAAAAAAUCUGUGAUAAAACGACAAACCUGUGUAUAAUAUAUCUAUAAAUAAUAAUUUUGAAAAAAAAAUGAUGUAUUCUAUUCCGUCUGAUAAUAUGAUAUUUUCCAUGGGAAUUCCAAUUUUAUCCCAUCAAACAAGAAAAAUUUAAAUUAUCCUAUAUGUAUACUAUGUAUACCUACCUAGUAAUAUAUAUAUAUAUAUAUAUACACACAUAAAUAAUAUAUCUCUAACUCUGUCUCUGUCUCUCUAUCUCUCUCUCUAUCUCUAUCUCUCGCUCUCACUCUCACUGUAUAUACACACACAUAUAUAUAUAUAUAUAUAUAUAUGUGUGUAUAUGUAUAUGUCUAUCUAUUUAUCUCUUUAUUUACGCUUGCUGGUGUCCCUUCUGUGCUUGUCUAAAACAACACUUUGUCUUUGGCCAUUAAAAAAGUAUAUAUUAUAAUAUAGGAACAUAUUAUUAUAUAAAAAAAAUCAAUACAAUACCUGUUAACACUAAAUUAUAAUGUAAAUUAUUAAUAAUAAUAUUGUAAUCAAAGUUGCCUUAUUACUAACCGUAAGUUUCCGGUUGUAAUUUCCUUUUUUUGUUACAAAAUAAAAGUUGAAAAAAAAAUUAAAAAAACUGUGUAAAAAAUUUAAUUUUUAAGUAUUUAAAAAUAGUGUUAUCAUUAUACUAAAAAAAACUGUAUAAAAACGGAGGUGGAACGGGUAUAUUACUAUUUUUUUUCCAAUGUGAUUCAUAUAUUAUUACCUAAUUGUUUUAGGUAUUUCCUUUUAGAACAAACUAUUUUUUUUUUAGAUAUAUUUAAAAUGAGUUGUCGAAUUUUUUUUGUUAAAUAAUAUUUGUUGUUGUUACUUUUUCGACAAUCCGUUUUUCUAUGCUGUAUAACAAAAGACGCGCGUAGAUUUUAUCUUGUAAAAAAAAAUUUACUAAAAAAAAAUAAAAAUUUAUGAAUACCAAAAAAA